UUUGGUUGCAAGAUCUAGAAGCCUAAAAGAAAAAUGCUUUAAACAUUAACGAAGAAACAGUGAGAGACAGAGAGAGAGAUGGCGAGCUUAACUAGUAGUAGUAAGCCUAGAAACUUCGGUGCGUAUAGUCACUACGCCACUCCCUGCACCCGCACACACCAGAUUGGAGCUCUGUUUCUCGUCGUCUCUACCUUCUUCGUCACCAGGCUUUUCGAUCAGUGGUUCUCGGAAUCCAAUUCCCUUACUCCGGCGACGAUUGAUCUCCGUCGUGCUUCUUCUAAUGCCGGAAUCACGACUGAUAACGGGAUCCUGAUGUGGCCGGAGCGAGGUUAUGGUUCCCACCUUUCCCUGAAGAUCUACGUUUAUGAUGAGAAUGAGAUCGACGGUCUCAAAGAGCUGUUGUACGGUAGGGAUGGUAGUGUCAAGACCACCGCAUGCUUGAAAGGUCAAUGGGGAUCUCAGGUUAAGAUUCACAAGUUGCUUUUGGAGUCCAAUUUUAGGACGAUUAAGAAAGAUGAAGCGGAUUUGUUCUUUGUGCCAGCUUAUGUUAAAUGUGUGAGAAUGUUGGGAGGUCUUAAUGACAAAGAGAUCAAUCAGACCUAUGUCAAGGUUUUGAGUCAAAUGCCGUAUUUCCGAAGAUCCGGUGGUCGUGAUCAUAUAUUUGUUUUUCCAAGUGGUGCUGGAGCUCACUUGUUUAGAUCCUGGUCAACAUUUAUCAACCGCUCGAUUAUACUCACUCCCGAGGCUGACAGGACUGACAAGAAAGACACAACUGCCUUUAAUACAUGGAAAGAUAUAAUCAUACCAGGAAACGUCGACGAUGCUAUGACCAAAAAUGGACAACCUGAUGUUCAGCCUUUGCCUGUAUCAAAGAGGAAGUAUUUAGCAAACUAUUUAGGUCGUGCGCAAGGGAAGGCUGGUAGGCUUAAAUUGAUAGAACUUUCAAAGCAAUAUCCUGAUAAGUUGGAAUGUCCAGACUUGAAGUUUAGCGGGACUGAAAAGUUUGGAAGGACGACAUAUUUUGAACAUCUGAGGAACGCUAAGUUCUGCCUCGCUCCUCGCGGGGAAUCAUCAUGGACACUUCGCUUCUAUGAAUCAUUUUUUGUGGAAUGUGUCCCGGUUCUUUUAUCUGACCACGCCGAGCUGCCUUUCCAGAAUGUCAUCGACUAUGCUCAAGUAUCCAUCAAAUGGCCAUCAACUCGAAUAGGCACAGAGCUUCUUGACUACUUAGCUUCAAUAUCAGAUAGAGACAUAGAAGGAAUGAUAUCCCGAGGUCGGAAAAUUAGAUGUUUGUUUGUGUACGGUCCAGAUUCUGCACCGUGCAGUGCGGUCAAAGGGAUUCUAUGGGAGCUUCAACGCAAAGUAAGACAUUUCCAGCAAUCUAUCGAGACGUUUUGGCUGCACAAUGGCAGUUUUGUAAAUAGAGAACUAGUCCAGUUCAGUGGCUGGAAACCUCCUAUGCCUCUACCGUGAGUGGUUUCUGUAUUCCACUAAUCUCUUCUCUUGUUUCUACGGAAAAUCAAUGAUGCAGUUGAGUAUAGUCUUUUUGUGAACUAGCUUAUUUGUACAUAUACCACAAGAAUCUUUUUGAUGAAAUUUAUUUGACGAAAAAUUUGAUAGAAGUUGUGAAA